AACUCACUUCACAUGACACAGAGAGCAGCCAUCAUAUGAUUUUAUAACAAAUUUUAAGUAUCUGAGAUUUUUUUUACUUUCCCGCGUUUUUAAAAUAAUAUAUUUAAAAUUGAAAAUUAAUUGGUAUUUCAUUAAUUUAUGAAACAAUUUAGAUAUUUUAAUAUCUAGUAUUAAUUAUUGAAUACAUUAAGUUUUUAAUUUGACGAAAUAUAAACAAAUAAAUACGAUGAUUUGUUUACAUAACCUCGUUGAAAAUAAUGCAAUUUUAUUCAAUUUUUAAAAGGCUCAAUACUUUUGUUAGACAAAAUGUGAAAAUAAAUAAUUGUAAAUUUAGUAUCGAUGCAGUACAACACAUAAAUAUAAAUAAGUGUUAUAAUAAAUCAAGUGAAAUAAUGAAGGUAUUAAAUGUCGCUGAAAAAAAUGAUGCUGCUAAAAAUAUUGCUGCUCAUUUGGCUAGAGGAAAUAAUCGACGGAGAGAGGGAUUGUCAAAAUUCAAUAAAAUUUACGAAUUUAAUUAUCGAUUAUGGAACCAAGAUUGUCAAAUGGUGAUGACAUCAGUGUCUGGUCAUUUGAUGACUUAUGAAUUUACCGGAGCUUAUAGAUCUUGGCAGAGCUGUCAUCCUCUGAGUUUAUUUGAUGCUCCAGUUAUAAAAUCUUGUAGUGAAGACAAUUAUGUUAAGAUCAAAAAAACAAUUGAACGAGAAGUUAGAAGCUGCGGUGCCUUAAUCAUAUGGACUGAUUGUGAUAGAGAAGGAGAAAAUAUUGGAUUUGAAAUAAUUCAAGUUUGUCAAGCAGUAAAACCAGACAUUAGGGUCUACAGAGCAAUAUUUUCGGAAAUAACCGGCGCAUCUGUUACAAGAGCUGUUCAAAAUCUUGCUGAGCCAAAGAAAUUAUUAAGUGAUGCUGUUAAUGUCAGAAGUGAAUUGGAUUUAAGAAUAGGGGCAGCAUUUACUAGAUUUCAAACACUUAGAUUGCAAAAAGUAUUUCCUCACAGUCUUGCACAGAUGCUUAUAAGUUACGGAAGUUGUCAAUUUCCAACUCUUGGUUUUGUUGUUGAGAGAUUUUUAGCUAUUGAAAAUUUUAAACCUGAGCCAUACUGGAAAAUAAAAGUUCUCGAUGACCAUGAUGGGAUUUGUACAGAAUUUCGUUGGGCAAGAUACAGACUUUUUGAAGAACUACCUUGUCAAAUAUAUCUCGACAUAUGUUUGGAAAAUCCAGAUGCAACUGUUGAAAAUGUUACAAGUAAACCCAAAAGCAAAUUCCGUCCCUUACCAUUGGAUACUAUUGAACUCGAAAAGCAAGGCUCAAAAAAAUUAAAAUUAACUGCUAAGGAAACAAUGAAAAUCGCUGAAAGAUUGUAUACGCAGGGUUUUAUAAGUUAUCCGCGUACGGAAACAAACAUAUUUCCAAAAGAAUUAAAUUUAAGAUCAUUGGUUGAACAACAAGUUAAUAAUCAUCAGUGGGGUGAAUUUGCUCAGCGUGUACUAGAAGAGGGGGUAACACCCCGUCAAGGAAAAAAAAGUGAUCAAGCCCAUCCUCCGAUUCAUCCAACAAAGUAUGCUGACAAUCUUCAGGGUAACGAGGCUCGUGUUUACGAGUUUAUUGUACGUCAUUAUUUAGCUUGUGUAUCAAAAAAUGCCGAAGGCUAUGAGACAACUGUUGACAUCGAUAUAGCUGGUGAAAAAUUUUCAGCCAGUGGCUUACAAAUAAUAGCUAAAAAUUAUCUAGACGUUUAUGUUUAUGAAAAAUGGAAUUCUAAAGAAAUUCAUUUAUAUGAACCCCGUCAAGUAUUUCGACCAACUAGUAUAGAGAUGGUUGGUGAACAAACAUCGCCACCAAAUUUAUUAACAGAAGCUGAUUUAAUAUCAUUGAUGGAUAAACAUGGAAUUGGUACUGAUGCAACACACGCCGAACAUAUUGAAACAAUAAAGUCACGUCAGUAUGUUGGUAUGAGAGACAAAGAACAUAUUAUGCCUGGUAAAUUAGGUAUUGGUUUAGUCAUGGGUUACGAUAAUAUGGGAUUUCAAAUGUCGAAACCUUAUUUACGAGCUGAAUUAGAAAACGAUCUAAAACUUAUUUGUGAUGGUGUUAAGGAUCCACAACAAGUACUUGAAAUCCAAAUAAGUAAAUAUCGGCAAGUGUUUAAAGCAGCAUUGGAACGUGCCAAUUUACUCGACACUGCAUUAGCUGAAUAUAUUGAUGAGCAACCUUUAGCAGUUGCUGAUUUAGAGAUGAAUAUUCCACCAGAGGAUCCAGUUAUUUUUAAGUGUCCAAAAUGUACUUUGAAUAUGGCAUUAAGGGAUCGAAAACAGGGCGGUGGUAAAUAUAUUGGCUGUGUAGGAUUUCCUGCUUGUAAUAAUAGUAUUUGGUUUCCAUCAACCGUCACAGACGUACAACUUUCUGAUAACAAUUGUGAUAUAUGUCCGGGUAAUAUGAAAAAACUUAAAUUUAAAUUUAGACCAGGAGCUUUUCCAAUUUACGGUUCGUCCUAUGAGACUUGUGUCGGUGGCUGUGAUAUUACAUUUAAUGAAGCAAUCGGUAUUAAUUUGAGUUCAGUACAAAGAGUUGCUCGUCCACCAGACAGUGGCUACAGUAGCAGUAAUAAUAAUUCAACAUUUACACAAAGUAAUCGAAAUAAUACACAGUCUUCUAAUCAAAGAUCUUCAGGUAAUAAUAAUCGUGGAAAUACUUCAGCCGGACGAGGUGCAAGUUCGUCCUCAAAUUCAUCUAUUGGUUUAGUUGGAUUUCAAAGUAACAAUAGACCGAGUACAUUUAAUAAUCGUGGAAGAGGAGGUAGUAGUAAUUAUUCAGACAGAAAUAAUCAAAAUAAUACUAAAAGAAAUAAUGAUAAUUGGCCAGAUGAUUUUCCUGAUACAAAACGUCCUAAAACAGUAACAAAACAAUCGGGAAAUUUUAAUAGAGAAAAUAUAAAUGCUACAAAUGCUGAUGAUAUUGAAUCAUACAGUUGUAAUUGUCAUGAACCGGCUGUUAAAUUAACAGUAAAAAAAGAAGGACCAAAUAAAGGGAGACAAUUUUAUAAAUGCGCUAAACCUCAGGGUAGUUCAUGUGAAUUUUUUCUUUGGGCAACAGAUGGUCCCGUAAAUGAAUCAGGAUCAGCACCACCACCAUCACGAAAUCGUAAUGACGAUAAUCAAAUGAGACCACAAAAUAAUCAUUCAAAAAAUACCUGGAAUCAAGACAAUAGAAAUAAUCACUCCAAUGCUGGUACUUUGAACUCAUCUCGUGGUAGUGCUGAUGAUACUGAUGGUGUAAUGUGUGUUUGUGGACAACCAGCUCGCAAAUUUACCGUAAGGAAAGACGGUCCAAAUAAGGGCAGAGAAUUUUAUACAUGUCCUCAAGGGCCAUCAAGCACUUGUAGUUUCUUUGAAUGGGCAAAUGAUAGUUCAGGCAGGAGUAAUUCUGACAAUGAUUGGGGUAACAGCAGUACAUCAACAAGAGGACGUGGCGGUGGGACAAGAGAGCGAGGACGUGGUGCUGGAAAUAAAUCGAGGGCUGGUGGAAAACGGAAGUGUGGAAUAUGCGGUGUUGAAGGUCAUACAAGGAAAACAUGUCCAGAAAAUGCAAUGGAUUAAACGAAAGAUCAACUGUAUGAUUUUUGUAAAUAAUAUGUAUUAUAUUUUGUAAAUUUGUAUCAGAAAAUGAUGCGAGAAAAAAGAAACAACUUUUUAAAAGUU